UCAGUCCGCCGAAGUCCGCAGCAAACGCAGUUUAGUGAUUAGUGCUAGUAGUGGAAGCAACUGCGGAAGUGCAAAGAAGCCUUUUUUUAUAACAUCACAUUUAAUGCAAUAAUAUCAAUAAAUUGCACUCUAUUUAUUUUCACCGUACGUUAGUUGGAUGUCGUGUGAUAGUGUCAAUUGUGUGCUAGUUUAGAUUCGUUAUAUUGCGUUGCAGUCGUCGUCAGUGAAUCAGUGAAAAUGCAUCCCGCGGUCGUGGGCCAUCGGGUCACGGUGGACAGCCUGAAUGCGGCCACCGGAGCGGACGCCGUCGAGGACGAUCCGGACAGUCCCGUCGAAGCCUUCGAGCAAAGUAUGUUGACCAUUAAAAUCCCCCAAACCAACAACCGAGGCAGCAGUGCCCAAGACAUUUGGCAGCGUCCCUCCAAUCGCCCACUGCCCUCGACGGAUGGCGGCGUGGUGCUAUGUUUCGAAAUCCCGUACGCCCGUGUGCUGCCUCCAGUGGUACCCAGUGCGGAUGGAUCCGGGGCAUCCAGUGGGAAAAAGUACGUCAUAUACGACGUGAGCGUACGACAGGACACCUCGCAGCCGGAUCCCAAUCCGACUAGCAUCGAGCGACGCUACACGCACUUCCUUAAACUGUACGAUGGCCUCCGGAAGGAGCACCCGCUGCUGGUACAAACGGUCAGUUUCCCCAAAAAGGUCCUGGUGGGCAACUUCAGUGCGGAGCUGAUCGGCGAGCGGAGCAUGGCCUUCGAGAGUUUCCUCGACUACAUCGUAUCGGUGCCUUCUCUGCGUGAUUCGGAUCACUUUUUAGAAUUUUUACAAGGCGAUGAACUGAAACGAGCUUGCCAACUUUUGGACGAGCGGCGAAACGAGUUUGCGGUGCCGAUUCUGGAGAACACGUUCCGAGUGCUGAACAAAAUUUUCCUGGACAAAUCCAAGUGUGUUCUACUGCUGCUGUGCCGUCUGGUGGCUGCCUGCACCACAUCACCAAUUCCUCAUCCGCUGGCGGAACAGUGGGCCGAGCUUGCCCUCAGACGCUACGAGCACGUCUGCGAUACGGAUCUAUUGGUGCUUUAUAUUCCGCUUUUACAAACAUGUUUGCAUUUAUGGUGGCAGCGUGGUCGCGACCGAUCUCUGCUGGAGGAACGACUGGAUCAAAUGGCCAAAAAAGGCAUCAAGGUGAAGGGUGGCCCAACACUAACCCAAGCCAUCCAUGCUCUUGACCCGAGAGCUGAAACCACGUAACAGGAAACAUCACAAACUCUUCUUGCGAGUAAGUAAGUCCUAAGUUUAUCAACCACAGUGCAUCAUAAGUUUAUACAGCAAUAUUCGUUUGUGUCUUAGCAGUUUAGGUUUAGAAUCGAUGCAUCCCAACGAUUAUUUUUGUUUUACUGUAUUGUGAUUCGGUUAAUACCAAACUACCAUAUGAUAGGUUGUCAUAUUUAUGUACCUAGCUAGUUUUUUUUGUGAUUAGGCCCUAACGUUUUCGCCUUCGUUGUGCGAUCGCUAUUUUUUUCAUGACUCAAACUUGAAACAUGUCAAUGAUGAUAAGAUAAAGCUUCCAGCUCUCGAUAAAGCCAUGUAACACCAUACAAGUUUAGUGAAAAUCGGCGCGGAUAAUUCCAUAUCAAUUUUAUAUAGGAGUAAGAAAUACUGAAGUAAGCAGAAUACAGCCAUGUUAACAAAA